AGGGAGGGCGCAGCCACGCCGCGCCACGGGCGGCAGCCGCUCCGCAUCCCGCGGGCCGGGGCGCUCCGGCGGCGGCUCCUCGGCUGGUGCCGGCUGCCGCCCGCCGAGCCCAGCCCCCGCGGAGCCGGGAGGAUGCUGGAGAGCGGCUGCAAGGCGGUGAAGGAGGGCGUGCUGGAGAAGAGGAGCGACGGGCUGCUGCAGCUCUGGAAGAAGAAGCGCUGCAUCCUCACCGAGGAGGGGCUGCUCCUCGCGUCCCCCAAGCAGCAGCCGCAGCCCCAGCAGCCGGCCCAGCAGCAGCAGCAGCAGCAGCCGGGCGCCGAGCCGGCUGCCAAGAUCAAGGAGCUGCACUUCUCCAACAUGAAGACGGUGGACUGCGUGGAGCGGAAGGGCAAGUACGUGUACUUCACCGUGGUGAUGGCCGAGGGCAAGGAGAUCGACUUUCGGUGCGCGCAGGAGCAGGGCUGGAACGCGGCGAUCACGCUGCAGAUGGUGCAGUACAAGAACCGCCAGGCCAUCCUGGCCGUGCGCUCCACCCGCCAGAAGCAGCAGCACCUGGCGCAGCAGCCCCACGGCCCCCGCAUCCGCAGCGCCUCCAACUCCGCCUAGCGCCGGCCCCGCGGCCCCCCCAGGGGGGCUCCGGCCGCCCCCCCACCGGGACACCCAGCGGACUUGGCCGGGACCCCCCGCCCGGCCGCCCUCCGCGCCCAGGAGCCCCUCCAGCCCCGGGGUUGGGGACCUCGGGACGGAUCCUGCGGUGCCCCGGGGACUCCAGGCAGACGUGACGUACUGUAACUUUAACGUAUCUUAUUUAUUAGUUUGGUCGUUUGUUGGCUUCUUGUUUUCAAAGGCUUGUUUGCAGGACGUUUCGGAGCAUAGGCCGUGCCCAAAAAGCGAAGGAAAAAGCGCGGCGUACGUUAGCGCCCUACAGAAGCCCUGGGUAGCCUGGCCGCAUGCGAUGUGACAAAAAGUCCUUCGGUUUUACCUGAAAUACGCUGUGUUACGCUAACGCGGAAAAUGUGAUGUCUGGCUCGGAAUUUGGGUGAGACCUAUGCUGCGCGUGAAAACUCUUCUCUCCGGUGAGAAGAGCAAUUACAAAUCAGGCUUUAAAUGAUUCUCUUUCAAAAUACACGCCUGGUGGAAGACGAUAAAAUUCUAUACACGCUUGGUUAUUUAAAAAAAUAAUAAUAAUAAUGCCGGGGGUUAUUCCGAGACUAAAACCCAUCUGUUUGACGUGUGAGCUGAGGGGAAUCCAACCCGAUUCCUCGGUGGUGCAGGAAUCACGGCUGGAUUCCGCGAUGGGUUUGAGGCUCCGGCUCCUUGAGGCUGGAGGGCAGCAGCUGAGAACCAUUUAUGAAUGUUUCUUCGCAUCUGAGUUCAAGGCUCCAUCUGCUUGUAAACGGUCUGGGCUCUCGACCUUAUUUUCAUGGCAGUUUUUAAAUGUCUCGCAUUAAAGUAGCCCCUAGUUUAAAAUCCAUCUUAUGUAUGUCUUAGUGUCCAAACGCAUCAUUCUGGUCACAGCCCCCGUAAGCUGAGAUAAACUAGAUUAAUUUUGGUGUUCAGCACUGUCAGAUGCUGCGAGAGGCGUGCGAUCUCGCCUCUAAAAAUGUUGAUGAAGCCACCAAGUUGGAAAACAAAGGGCUAAUUGCACAGCUGGUGCAUCUUCCUGUGCCUCUCGCAAGCCACCGGGAGUUCGGCCGUGGGCGCGAGCGAGCGCGGCUGGGAGCUGCUCACCGGGGCGGGAUGGGCACGCACCCCGUGUGCUUCUCAGGAUGCACACCCCGUGUGCUGUGUGCUUCCCAGGGUGCACACCCCGUGUGCGUCCCAGGGCUCGCACCCCGUGUGCGUCCCCGGGCAGCACCCUCCAGGCAGCGCCCGCUUCGUGGUGCUCUCCGGCACGAGUUGCGCUCGUGAGCGGGGCAGACCAGCUCGGGGCCCCCCUGUCUCUGGCUCAAGGUAAAAGGCUGCAGCCGCAGAGCUAUUUGUUUUAACUAACGCGGCGAGGAAAACCGCUUCUGGCCCCUUGACAAGUUACGUGAGCGUAAACAAAACCUUUCAAAGCUGCGCAUCCAGCAACCCAUUGUUUGUGUAACUGAGACAUAGUUUGACUGUAAAACCCCCAUGAUCUUGGUUCAAGCUGUUUCUCUAAGUGUUUUAGGCAAAACUCUGAAGCGACACUCAAAAGGAGAAGUCAGGCUGCUACUGCGUGCAGUGGUCCUUUCUGGUCUGCUGUGCACCUGAGCUUACUCCCAGCCCUGUAAGGAGUAACCAGAGAUCUCUUUUUGUCCUCGUCUUCUUUCCCCUGCCCCCAGGUGUCUGGGUCACACACACAGACACACAAAAUAUGGCAGAGUUAAAGCCCAGACCUCCUCCGUCCUCUGUGGUUAUCCCCGAGCUCUUCUCUCAGAUCUGGCCCUUGAAAAGUUUGCGCGACAAGCCUGGGGAGGUAGAUUACAGCUGUCCUAACAAAGUUAUUACUUGGAGACUAAUUGAAGUCGAAGGUGCCCUGCAUCUUCUAGGAUUAGAUUCGCUGUCUUGGCAAUCAUAAUAGCCAAUUUCCACAUCUCUGUACAUCUGCCAUUAUCAUUCUGCUAAUGCUUGGAUGUUAGAGCUGCAAGGGGAUUCUCUAAUGAGCUAGUCGGAGACUUACAAAAUAGGCUGUAAUUUGUAAUUUGGCUCCUCUCUUUAGAGUCGUUAAUUACAGUUUACUGAGUAACUAAUCCACCUUUUCAGAUAUACAGACAUAUCGCUGGUAUCUCACCUACUAAAAUAUGUUUCAGUCUAAUGAAGAAUAAAUGUACUUGAUGAAAAA